AGAACGGGGUUCGUAGUAAAACACUUUCGUCAUCGUUUGUUCGGCUCGGCUGAGUUCGGUGUAGUUGCGUUUGCUUGCAGUGGUGAACGAGUGUGCUGUUGUUUUAGUUCUACGAUUGUUUUGCAGCUGAUCAGGUGUUUUUGCACAUUAUGUGGUGCGAUUAGUCGGAGAGUUCUUGGUCGUCGUGAGUGUCGAUCUCAAAUCGGAUUAGCUAAUCGUGACAUUUUUGGUGUUGAUUCUCAACGAGGCUAACAGGUGACACAUUUUAAAGUGGAAGGAGGCAGUGUUUUGGAGACCUUUCGAUAAGGUCGUAAUGCGACACUGCUAAGAGUCGCUAAUAGUUUCCAGUUUUCAACUAGUAACUAGAGACGACUCGAAUUGUCAGUGCUAAUUGAAAUGCGCCAAUGAAAACGUUACGUCGUCGUCGUGUGUGACUUCUUGCCGUGGAGAGUUAUUUAUCUCUCGCUGGCAGAGAUUGAGGGCGCCUGGCGAUUUCGCGUGCCAAAGUACGAACAAAGUCGUGUCCCCUAUACGGAUUUGCAUAUACGAGAGUAGUCCGAGUGAGUGUGGGAAAGAGAAGGAGACAGCUCGAUUAUAUUCGUUGAUUAACAGUUGAGUUCGAUGAUUUAGUCCAAGACGCCAUUACUCGGUUAAGUCGUCGUGAUGCAUCGAUUGAUGGGUUUGUCCUAAUUGGAUUGUAGCAGUCGUUCCAGAAGAAGCCUAUAGAUCAUCGAGUUGGUAUAGUCGUUUUUGAGACAAGAGAUCUAGAACCCCAGAAGCCAGUAGCCUUUUGAAUGACUCCGGGUCACACCCAACGAUCGAUGAAGCCGCUGCCCCCCGCCUUGGCGGGUGGGGUUGCCCUGAAGCAGGAAGAAGGAAUGCUGAAGGCCGAUAUUAUGAAAUUUCAUAACUACAGCAGUCCGCCAUCAAAGACACGAACCACCAGCGCGUCAUCCGAGACGGAACCGGCACUCCUGGUGCAGGAGCAGAAACAGAAGAGUGAGGCACCACCGAACGGGUGGCCACAGAUCAAUCUGAAGGAGAAAAUUACCCCGGAACAGUUACUCCAGCUGCAGCAACAGCAGCAGCUGCAGCCGGUUCUCAAGCGACCCCGGUUGGAUUCGUCCUCCGGUGGGGGCGGCGGCACCAGAGCCGUGGACGACGGGGACCCAACCCUGGGGGAAGAAGAAGACGAGGAAGAUCAGAAUCCGGACGAGGAGCCGGAACUGGACACAUCGGCUACCGAGUCGGAAACGGAAAUCAUGGAACAGGGCGUUCAGGAGGACAUGAUCGUGUCCCAUCCGGCACAGCAGCGGAUAGUGAUGAAUGCGCUCAAAGCGAAAGCGGCAGCAGGCGCCACCACCAUCAUCAUGACGGACGAUACCGAGUAUCAGCUGCAAACGGACGACGGGCUGGAUCACAAAAAGGUGAAACGGAAACCGAUGGCCAACCGGCAGCCCAGUAGCAGCAACAGCACCAGCAAUAAUGCUACCAGCACAUCGACAAAGGUCAAGCUGCAGAUGGUGCACGAAUUUCCAACGCUGUUUCUCGGCCUGCGGCGGAAUCGAAUCUUCCUGGUGAACUCGCUGGCCCAAAGCUUCGAUCUGAACCAGAGGGACAUCAUCCUGACCCUACGCAAAAUCAAACUAAACGAACACAACGCCCGGUUGGCGAGCGUUUUUGGACUGAACGAUAGCGAGGUGGAAGUGCUAUUCCGAACGAGCGUGCCUAGAAUAGCGGAUUGUUUGCGGAAUUUCAUCGUUUGGCCCGACGAUGUCACCAUGAAGCUGAACGUUCCGAUCAACCUGCGGCAGCAUUUCAACAAAAUUCACCUCAUCGUGAACUACCUGGUUAUCAAGGUCCGACAGAAUGCCAUUAAAUAUCUGUCACAGGCACAGGCGGAAUCUUCCUACUGUGAGAUCGACCAGUGUCAUAAGCUUAAGUAUUUGGUGGCCUCGACGUUAGAUGGGUGCGUGUGUUUCGUGUCCCGGGGUUUUGGAAUUGCCACUGACGACGAGGCCGUACUGGCACAGUCGGGCUUCCUGACGAAAUUUAAAACCAAUACCAACCUGAUCGCUGGUAAAAAUUUCCACAACUUCGAGGAUCGACUUACCAAUGGUAGUGAACACGAUCAUGAAAACAACAACGGAGGAGGAGGAGGAGGAGGAGGUGGUCGCGGCCGAAUGGGAAACCCCAACCUGGAUCAAUCCCAAAACAGCGGUAAUGAAGACGAAAACUUUGAGGAAAUUGUUUCGGAAAAGAUCAGUAAAAGUAGGACUUUCAAGUUGAAAAGCUAUAUUGAAAGUGUGCUAGAGAGCUUCCAGAGCCACCUGAUCCUGGCGCCAACAGCCUGUGUCGAUGGCAAGUGUCUUGAACUGCUGGACGACGUGGUGGUUAUCGUCGGGGCUCUCAUUAACCUCCAGAAACAGGAAGAACUGGACCGAAUGAGAACGGUAGAGGCCAUUCAGCAAUGGGAGUUUCGAACACUGUUGCCGAUUCAGGCAGCAGCAACGCAGUUGCAGGAGCUAAGGAACCAGAUCUUCCAAACAUCUCGACACCAGCAGCAGCAGGCAGGGCUAGCAGAAAGGGCUAGGGCAGGACCAGGAAGCAGCAGCUGUGGGAAGAAUCAGGAACUAGCAACACCAUUGUAA